AUGGCGUCAAUACCACGACGACUGCUAUUGCAGUCACGGGCAUGCCCCUCACGGAUACGAUCUCGAGCACCAUCAAAACAUACCUCAGCACAAUGGCAACGGCCGCUUUCGACAACGCCCGCACGAUACGCAAAUGAACCUACGAAAGAGGGCUCUGCAACCGCUGCGGAUGCGAAGCCACCCACCGAGACGCUGGACGAACUGAGCCCGGAAUUACCUCAGUCAUCUUUCUCCAACACUACAAAAACGAAAGCAUUCCGGGAGAUGAAUACGCAAGAACGUGAAUCCGCCAUGCUGGAAAAUCUACGCGCAUCCCUUGCAGAAAUCGACCCAGAUGUCGUCGCCGACGCCCUCCGCAAGGGAAAACGCGGACUACCCCAGACCCGAGACUUUGGCCUAGAAGCAGAUGAAGAUUUCGACAUUGAGGAAGACGACAAGAGGAAGACGUCAACGGGUUUCUGGGCCGAGGGAGAAGAGAGUAUGGGACCGGAUGAGGAUUACUAUGGUGAUGACUUGACAAGUCAUGGUCACGGGGAGUUGCAGCAGCAUAGGGAGUUGAGGGAGUAUGCUAGGUUGAUUGCGUGGGAGUUGCCGCUUUUGAGUCACCUCGCCCGCCCAUUCGAACCCCCAACAGCAGCCACGCCCUUCCGUUUCCGGUACACAUCCUACCUCGGCGAAUCGCACCCGGCGUCCAACAAAGUCGUCGUAGAAUUCUCGCCAAACGACCUUUCUUCCACACACUCUCUGACAGCCGCCCAAGUCUCCAAGCUGAUCAAGCUCGCCGGACCACGCUACAACCCUUCAACCUCCAUCAUCAAGCUCUCGUGCGAGAAAUUCGACACGCAGUCUCAAAACAAGCGCUUCCUCGGCGACACCAUCUCCGCCCUGGUCAAAGAAGCCAAGGACGGGAAAGACACAUUUGAAGACGUACCAUUCGACUUCCGCCACCACACGCCCAAGAAGAAGUUUGAGUUCCCCAAGGAAUGGGUGCUGACCAAGGAGCGGAAACAAUAUCUCGAGGACAAGAGACAGAAGACUGCGUACCUUGAGGAUCAGCGCGCGGGUAACGGACAGCUUGUGGAUGGAAAGAAGGUACUUGAGACGAGUUUGCCGUUGAUGAGUGAGGCUCAGCAGGCGCCUGAGCCGGUUAUGGUGGGGGGAGCGAGGGGCAAGUCACCAAGGUAG